GUUCUUAUCACUAAACACGUUAUACUGUACUUUUAAAGUUAUUAGUUUUUAAAUAAUAUUUGUUGAAAUUUUAAUUGUUUUCACAUAUAGAUCUGUUUUCAAAUGAAUCUAUAAUCAGCAUGUUGCAUUUGCCCUAAUCAUCGGGCAUCUUCUAUUAUGUACUUAAAUGAGAAAAACAAACUUAUGACAAAAUCGGCCUGAGACACGUCCUGGUUGGUAUGUAUUGAUAGUGUAAAAGAAUUUUCGCAAUUAGUAUAAUUUAAUCUAUUUUUAGUAUCUUUUGCCUUAAAUAUAUACUUAUAAAAGGUAAUUACCUAUAACUAUCUUUAAAAUAAUUUGAUAGCAUAAUUUAUUAGGGAUAUCGUGAGUGCAUAGAAUCUUAAUUUCGCAUAGGAUAUCACACGUCUUAUUUGUUCCCCUUGACACAAUUCUAUUUAAGUUAACAAUAUCUCCUAAGUAACUCUUUAAUGAGUAGAAACUCUCAUGUAAGAAACAAAUUUGAAAAGUAAUAAACGUAAUAUACUGAUAAGAUAUUUGAUUUCUUCUUUUAAUUUCCACAUUAAUGAAUUUCCAUUGUGAAAUGAUCUCUAAAAGGACCAAAUCUUCACUUACCAUUACUUACCAUAGAUAAAAUCUUUGAAAUUAUAUUCAUGGGUUUGCAUAAUCUCAUUAUAAAAAAACCUAGCACUCCUCUUCAUCAUAAUCUCUCUUUAAUUUCUUCCUUUCUUCCAUUUGCAAUUUCAAUAUAUUCUGAGGUUAGUUUUCUCCACAUAUAUUCGAAUAUCCCCUUGAUUCCUUUAGAAAGGUGAGCCAGAAUUUGAAGUUUAUGGAUUAGGGAUUUUAGUGUUUUUAAGUUGCUGAGUUUUAAAUUAAUAAUUUGUACAUAUUUAAUGAUUUCUUAAGACAUACGGGACAAAAGUUACAGAGUCCGAUUGACCUGCAAACAAUACUCUAGCUCCGCCCCUAUUCCCAUGCAUUUUUUAAUUGUGAACUAAUUGUAAAUCCAUUUUACAUAAUCAUUAUGCAUGCAGCAAGCAAGAAAAAGAUUCUUGAAUGUUUUAAUUAUUAAUAGUAUGUAUAUAUCGUUAUUCUCGCUGAUCUUGUUUUUAUACUUACCAGUUGUUUAGACACCAGCAAAUAAUUUCAAUGGAGCCCUUUGCAGACGUGAGUUGCAAUUUGAAAGUCAACAUCCAUUGCGAUUCCUGCAAGAUGAAGAUGAUGGAAGUGCUACACUCUAUACGAGGAGUGUAUGCAUUGACAAUAGAUGCAGAAACAGGAAUAGCAAAUGUUUGUGGAGAGGUGGAUCCAAACAGAUUGUUAGCAGCAUUGGCAAGGUCAGGGCAACAUGCAGAACUAAUAAAUGUGAAAUUGAAGCAUCCUGCUCUUAGUAAUCCAAGAAGUCAAUAUGGACACAAUAAUUAUGACCAUGGCCAUGGCUAUAAUAACUACAAUAAUGCACUUGAUGGACCCUAUGGCUCCAACCAUUCAAAUGCAUUGGAUGAGCCAAGCUCUUACUAUCCUACUAGAAGAGCCAUGGUUGAUCAACCUUACUAUGGUUCGAGCUAUCGCAACUCUUCUCCUCAUGCUGAGUACUAUGGAUCGUCGUCGUACCUGAACCAACCUCUGAUCGUGGAUCAUGUCAUAAGAGAAGAACCGAUGAACUGGUGCAGUAUUAUGUGAUGAGGAGGUGGAUCUUAGAUGUAGACUUAACGAGUUUAACAUUUAAGGUUUUAGCACUGAACUCGUUGUACUUUUAAAAAGACGGUUCAGAAUCUACUGUUUAUUGAAAUUUUAGCACUGAACUCAUUGUAUUUUUGAAAUGUUGGUUCAGAAUCUAUUGUUUGUUGAAAUUUUGGUGUUUUUUCAUAUGUAUAUCUAUGUU